AUUUCGCCGACAAUGCGCAUCCAACACCACAUCGAUGCGGGAUCAUCAAUGCGAGUGCUGUCUCAACCUCGUUGUAGUUGUCGUUCGUUCUCCAGCUUCACCGGACAUCUCCUGUUGCAGCGCUGCGGCGUUCUCGGGAGUCUCUUGCCAAUAAUGAUCAUAUCCGGCUAAGAACUUUCUCCUUUUCGGUGGCGGCGAGCCAGUGAAUCCAGGGACAAUGGCCAUCUUCAAUCUUGCCCCAUCGAUCCGACUUCAGAUGAUAUCUCGUCGGUUGAUUGCGAAGCACAAUCCUCUCCCGGCCUGGCGCACCGCACAGUUGAAUCGGCCUAGCAUAUUGCAUACGCUUGGCUAUUCCCAUCGGCGUGAAUAUGCUACUGUGCACAUUAGCGACAACGACAAGCCGUCCGAGGAUGCGCAGACUGGCGACAAGCCACCAACUAUAACUGUCGAAGACCUCCCAAGCCCGGACGAAAUUAUAAAUAUGGCUCGCGAAGCAAUCACUGCGCGCUCUCGUGCGACUGCGCAGGAGAAGCAGGCGGUGCUCCAAAAUAUCUCCACCCAGCUGGGGAAUUUGGCACAUAACAAGCAAAAACGCAGGGCCCUCAUCAAGGGGUUGCGGAGCGCUGCCAGCACGAGAAGGAGAGAUCCUAUACGUUCAAUCAAGAACGUCCUGACGACGCGCGGGGAAGAAGCAGCGCAGACUGCUCCUGCUAACCCGCUUACCACUCUGUCGGAGGCGGACGGCGUCACUCUUGAUUGUGUGCAGCGUUACAUGUCCUUGCCAACAGAAGCAGACUAUCCCAAAGCACCAGAGGCCUUUCGUCAGGCUUUGGAUGCGCGCGACGUCCGUUUCUUGAGCACCUUCAUCACAGACCUGGCAUCUCAAAAGACCCCGCCCGUCGCAGUGGAAACAUACGUGCAGGAGCUGCUGGCAGAAAACUUCUCCAAGGGCUGGGCCAUGGCUAUCCGCUUCGAUCCCAAUGCCACUCGUGAACAGCUUGCGAUGGGCCUUGGCGAUAACAAAUUGGAGGCACAGCGCGCUGCGUGGCUCGCUCUUCUCUCAAAACUACAUACCGCGGGCAUCCUCGCAGAAAUUGUACCACAGAGGGCUGUCGAGACACUGAUGCCACAGCCCGCGCAAUAUCCAGGCGCUCCGAAAAGGCUGUUUACUCCCGACUUGAUCCACGAUGAAAUGCAGAGGGUGUUCAAAGCGAGAAAAUUGAACGUACAAAUCAACGGCGAAUACACCUCAAGACGGCCUGGAGUACACGAUUUCACGCUUCGGCUCGACAUCCCUGGUAUUGCUGAUGCCACCACGACAGGAAGUGCACCACGCAAGACUGUCGCAAGGCGUGCUGCUUGGGUUGCCAUGCUCAAUCGCCUUCACAGGCACGGCGCACUGCAACAGCUCUUUCCAUCCCCAGCGCCGGCCGUCAAGGGUCAAUCUGAGGACAGCAGUGAUACACAGGUCUACAUUCGUGACGAAGAGCCGAACGACAUCGAGCUAGUCGAACUAGACCGGCAGGUGCUGAAACGCGAAAGAGAUGCGAAGUUGGACAUAUAUAACUAUGCUGCAAAGUUCGGUCUGAUACCGCACUUUACGACCAAGUCUGUACCACAUACCACUCGACGUAGUCGGAGGGCCAAAGGCAGCACCAAGCUUGUGGUGCAAACGACAAUCAGAUUACCCGAGCAUGGCAUAGAAGUUGUCACCAGAGGCAAGGACUCACGAACGGCCGAAACCGCUGCUGCAAUUGCAUUCAAGCGCAAGGUUGAGGAGAAGCAUCUCUCAACUGACAAUGUUGAAGCCACAGCCGUUGCGCUCGGGUAUGAGCUUCUCAACACUGAGACCGCGAGUGAGUUCGUGGAAUAUUUCAGGUCUCUCAGUCCCGGCAUGUCUCUCGAGGUGGAGACGGAUCACCUACACGGAGAUAAUUACACUCGCAUAUUAUUCGAUGGCUCAGCUAUAAGCGAGCCUGGUAUCAUGCAUACAAGGAAAGACUCACAAGCCCUGGCGUAUCUUUUGGCCGCAAUGGCGAUUGCCAAUGCGAGUCCUGAGACGCUUGGAAAAUGGGCAGAAACCAGGAACAGUGCUGCUGCCCAGUCUCAGCGCUCGGUGCGGCCCUUUGACGUACCGGUGGAAACAGACGUCCUGGAUCUGAUGAGAGACACCUUGAUCAGUGCUCGCAAAGCAGGCUUGCCCGAUCAGCGCGAAAGCCUCAGCGCAGAAGAGGUGUCCCGAGAACCUUCCCGGCAGCGUCGCUUCUUGGCAAGCACUUCCAGAGAUACGGCUAGUGCUACACUGCAAGAAAGUCUCAAUCGCUUCCGACAGGAUCCUCGACUGGAAACGUUACGCACCACCAAGGCUGGUCUGCCAAUGAGCACAUACACGGAUCAGGUUGUAGAGCUCGUAAACCGAGAUGUAUACAGCAUAGUCAUCGGUGCGACGGGCUCGGGAAAAACGACUCAAGUGCCACAGAUUCUUCUUGAACACGCUAUUGAAAGUGGCAAGGGAGGGCAUUGUGACGUUAUAUGUACGCAGCCGAGGCGCAUUGCAGCCUCUUCUGUCGCGCAACGCGUGGCUGCAGAGCGCGAUGAAGAGAUUGGAAAGUCUGUCGGAUACCAUGUUCGCGGCGAUGCUCGUCUUCCACAGCCUGGUGGCAGCAUCACUUACUGCACAACUGGCAUCCUGCUCGAGCAGCUUAAAUACAAUGCUGACGACAUCAUGGACAAUGUGUCUCAUCUCGUGAUCGAUGAGGUCCACGAGCGAGACAUAUUUGUUGACUUUCUUCUCAUCAUUCUGAAGAAAGCAGUGGCCACGCGGCAGCGAGCCGGAAAGAAGGUUCCACACAUUGUCUUGAUGUCAGCGACACUCGAUCAAAAGCUUUUCUCCGAGUACUUGCCCAACGUCAAUGAGGGCAAGCUUGUGCCCUGUCAAUCGCUUAGUGUCCCAGGUCGCACAUUUCCAGUGGCUGAGAGAUAUGUUGAGCAGAUAGUUGAGGGCAUCUCCGCCUCGCAUCAUGACGAAUUCAGUUCUCUACUGGCCCAGGAAAAGGGCGUAUCGAAAGAGUAUCUGGACGGUGAGAUGCGGUUCGCGCAGGACGCUGCUGUCGGCACAUCAGUGAUUGACUGGAAGCGCAAAAACACCGGCGAGAAUGAUCAAGACACUCAGACUGCCGCAGAACAGAAGCACGAAGCCCUUGUCCCCGUGCAUCUUCUCACCGCAGUCCUUGCACACAUCUGUGAACAGAGCACCGACGGUGCGAUUCUCGCAUUCUUGCCAGGUCUUCAGGAAAUCACUAAGGCUCAGGAUAUUCUGAUGCAACAGCCCAUUUUCGGGGUUCACUUUAGUGACCCAGCCAAAUUCACUAUUUUGCCUCUCCACUCGACUGUUCCCCAAGAUCAGCAGAGGCUCAUCUUUGAGCCGUCGCCGCCUGGCCGCCGAAAGAUCAUACUGGCAACAAAUAUCGCUGAGACGUCGGUAACCGUACCAGAUGUCAAGUUCGUGGUUGAUACCGGAAAGCUACGAGAGAAGCGAUACGACCAGGUCACGCGCAUCUCUGCGCUGGAGACAGUCUGGGAAAGUAAUUCGAACGCGCGUCAGCGAGCUGGCAGAGCUGGUCGAGUGUCUGAUGGCAACUAUUAUGCUUUGUACAGCAAGAAGCGACGAGAGACAAUGCCUGCUUCUGGACAGCCAGAACUACUCCGAAGUGAUCUUCAGGAAACCUGUCUGUCGAUCAAAGCCCAAGGCUUCCGCGACCCAGUCUCAGACUUCUUGGCGGAUGCAAUCGAGCCUCCUUCAAGAGAAGCUGUUCAAGUCGCAGUCGAGAACCUGAAGAGCAUCGAAGCUUUGACACAGGACGAAGAAAUAACGUCGCUUGGGCGCGUCCUUGCCCGACUACCAGUGCAUCCAACAUUGGGCAACAUGGUUCUGCUCGGCAUCAUCUUCCGCUGUCUAGACCCCAUCAUCAUCAGCAGCUGCCUUGGUAGCGAACGACCACUCUUCAUUGAUCCUCCGGCCUUGAGAGCAGAAGCCAGAAAGCAGCACGCGCAGUUUGCGCAAGGGAGCUCAGACCAUCUGGCCUUCAUCAACGCCUUCAAGACAAUGCGGACGCGCCUAAGGGAUAGAGGUAUGCAAAACGCAUGGUCCUAUGCUCAAGACAACUUCCUCCAUUUUGGCGCGUUCAGAAGUAUGGAGCAAACAACACAACAGAUUGUUGAAGCUCUCAGAGAUGCAGGGCUCGUCAAAAGCCUUAUCGAAGGCAGUGACUAUCAACUCGGCGGCGAGGCACUCAACAUCAACUCCAACAACACCGCUCUCGUCAAGAGCCUGAUCCUAGCCGGAACGUACCCCAACCUCGGCAUCCACCGCGCUAAAUCCAAGUCUCCUGUCCACAAGACUAUCAGCGAAGACAAAGUCAUAAUGCAUCCGAGUAGCACAAAUGUCCACAAACGAGACUCGCCUUCUGAAAACGACCAAAUCUUCGCGUACAAUUCUCUCUCACGCAGUCUUACAGGCGAUACUCUUUACAUGCGCGACACAACGCUCGUCACACCGCUCAUGGCAAUCCUGUUCGGCGGACGUCUCGAAACGAAGACAUACAAAACUCUCACCAUGGAUGAGUGGCUCCCCUUCUCAAUCAAAGCUCUCAACAACGAAUUCGCUGUCCGCUUACUCCUCGAAUUUCGAAAAGCGAAGGAUCGAAUGCUUUUCGGUGUAUACAAUGAUCUGAGCGAUUUGGAUAAGAGACAGAGGGGUCUUUUGGAAGAUCCUGCGAGGGAGAUUUUCGCUAAUGGGUUGGUGGAUGUUUUGAAGAGUGUCAAUGAGGAUGAGAAGAUUCUUCAAGGGAUGAAGAGGAAAGAGGGGGAUUUGUUUCGGAAAUUUGCGACUAGACCGAGGCAGGAAUUGACGAGUGCUGAGAAGAGUGUGGUUAGGAAGGGAAGAUUUGAGGGAGGGAGUGGGGAUGUGAGGAAUUUGUUGGAGAAUUGAAGCGAACUAUCUGGGAAAGCGCGCGCUGCCCCCGAUCGUGAAACGAGGUCCGGCAUAAACUUUGGCAUGAACUCUGGCAUCGACACGACACGACCAACAACACAAGAUCCCUCUCAGCCCACGUGGAAGAAGGACUGUACGAUACGUGCUACGACGCCGGCUCGAUGUUUACUACACACAUUUGCUUCGCCUGGGAUUUCUGGUUGCUGGAAUUGAGAUCACCUUUUUGCAUAGCGAUGGAGCCGGACGAAGGAUAAAAAGUCGCCGCUCUUGUUGGAUAAUAGAGAUACCCUGUACUUUUGCACGCGCAUGAGCAGCAUAAUAGAAUUCGAACAGAACUGUACAAUAGAAUAGACGGAGCAGAUAGAGG